AUGGGUAAAUUUAAAGCAGAAGAAGCUGAAAACUUGGAAGAUAUUGAAAAGCAAUUUGCUGUCAAGGCAGUAAUGCAAGCUGAAACAUACUGGGGUUUGUUAGAAAAGAUUCCUGGUUCCAAAUUGAAGUUGACCAAGUAUGAUGACCGUAUCUACGAUCAAUUAUUAGAAGAUUUCCCAGAAUUCAAAGACCCAUCCGCCGCUGCUGUCAUCGAAGAGGCUUACAUGAAGAGUCCAAGUGGAAAGGCCAAAUGGAGAGCAUUUUGUGACAAGUUCAAGGACAUUGAAGAUUACAACUUUGGUACUCUUUUGAGAUCCAAGGCCACCGACGAAUACUCUCAAGAAGGUACUAUAUUUGCUGUCAGAAUCCAAUUCUACGCUGUAGAAAUUGCUAGAAAUAGAUAUGGCUUAAAUGACUGGAUUGCUAACAAAUAA